AUGCAUGCAAAUACCCGUGAGUUCCUGCCUCCAGAUACCCGUGAGUUCCUGCCUCCAGAUACCCGUGAGUUCCUGUCUCGAGAUACCCGUGAGUUCCUGCCUCCAGAUACCCGUGAGUUCCUGCCUCCAGGUACCUGUGAGUUCCUGUCUCCAGAUACCCGUGAUUUCCUGCCUCCAGAUUCCCGUGAGUUCCUGUCUCCAGAUACCCAUGAGUUCCUGUCUACAGAUACCCGUGAGUUCCUGUCUACAGAUACCCGUGAGUUCCUGUCUACAGAUACCCGUGAGUUCCUGUCUCCAGAUACCCGUGUGUUCCUGUCUCCAGAUACACGUACCCGUGAGUUCCUGUCUCCAGAUACCCGUGAGUUCCUGCCUCCAGAUACCCGUGAGUUCCUGUCUCCAGAUACCCGUGAGUUCCUGCCUCCAGAUACCCGUGAGUUCCUGCCUCCAGAUACCCGUGAGUUCCUGUCUCCAGGUACCCGUGAGAUCCUGUCUCCAGAUACCCGUGAGUUCCUGCCUCCAGAUACCCGUGAGUUCCUGCCUCCAGAUACCCGUGAGUUCCUGCCUCCAGAUACCCGUGAGUUCCUGCCUCCAGAUACCCGUGAGUUCCUGCCUCCAGAUACCCGUGAGUUCCUGUCUACAGAUACCCGUGAGUUCCUGUCUACAGAUACCCGUGAGUUCCUGUCUACAGAUACCCGUGAGUUCCUGUCUCCAGAUACCCGUGAGUUCCUGUCUCCAGAUACCCGUGAGUUCCUGUCUCCAGGUACCCGUGAGUUCCUGUCUCCAGGUACCCGUGAGUUCCCGUCUCCAGGUACCCGUGAGUUCCCGUCUCCAGGUACCCGUGAGUUCCCGUCUCCAGGUACCCGUGAUGAGACUGCUGAUAGUCAGACUGCUGAUAGUCAGACUGCUGAGACUGCUGAUAGUAGUCUGGUACCGAACUGA